AUGUCCGGAACAAGACCCAGAAUCGCAGUGAUCGGCGCAGGCGGGAGCGGGUUGGCGGCUAUCAAGCAGUGCAUUGAAGAUGGUCUUGAGCCGGUCUGCUUCGAGCGAGAGUCGGACUUGGGCGGUCUCUGGAACUUCUCAGACAGUUCACAGCUGGGCAAGGGCAGCGUCUACAAGAACUGCGUGAUAAACACCAGCAAAGAAAUGAUGGCGUUCAGUGACUUCCCGCCGCCAGAGAGCUUCCCGAUGUUUAUGCCACACAGAUAUGUUCUGAAAUAUUUUAAGAUGUACGCGGAAAAAUUCGGACUUUUUAAAAGCAUUUGGUUUGACACAUCCGUCUUAAAUGUAGCUCCUUCAGACAAAUACGCCGUUGACGGGAGUUGGGACGUAACUUACAGACGGAAACAUGGCGAAGCGGAAACGGCACGUUUCGCGGGCGUGCUUGUGUGCACGGGACACCACACGUUCCCGCACACCCCAAGUUUCACGGGUCUCGACCAGUUCCGGGGAACCUCCCUUCACUCGCAUGGGUACAAGGACAACAAGCAGUUCGCGGGCAAGCGGGUCCUUGUUGUCGGUAUCGGGAACUCGGCGGUUGACAUCGCGGUGGACGUAAGUCACGUGGCUGACGAGGUGUUCCUAUCCACGCGGCGCGGCGCAUGGGUUAUCAGUCGCAUGGGCUUCUGGGGGCUCCCCGCGGACGCCAUGGCCAAUAACCGCUUCCUCUUCUCCCUUCCGCAGUCCGUCCUGCAGUGGAGUGUCGAGAAAAUGGCAAACUUCCGCUUCAACCAUGAGCAGUACGGAUUAAAACCCGCCCAUGGCGCUCUACAGGCGCACCCGACUAUUAACGACGAGCUGCCAUAUCGCAUAAUGACGGGGGCUGUGCGCGUCAAGCCGAACGUUUAUCACUUUACGGAGCGCACCGUCCGCUUCCAGGACGGGACCGAAGAGGAAAUCGAUGCAAUUAUAUUUGCAACCGGGUAUGAUUAUAAAAUCGGGAUCAUCGAUGAGUCCAUUACAAGAAUAGAGAAGAACAAGACUUCCCUCUAUAAGUACAUGUACCCGCCCAAUCUCGCCCACCCGACACUGGCUGUGAUUGGACUCGUCCAACCGAUAGGGGCAGUUAUGCCCAUCUCAGAAAUGCAGUGUCGCUGGUUCACGCAAGUUAUAAAUGGAUCGCGAAAGCUGCCAGACCGGCAAACCAUGACACGGGAUAUCGAAGGCAAGCGCGAGGCGAUGGCCGGAACUUAUAUCUCCUCACAGCGUCACACCCUACAGUGCUUCUGGAUCCAGUACAUGGACGAACUGGCGGCGGAGGUAGGAGUGCGGCCGAACAUGGCGACUCUGUUCCGGGAGGACCCGGCACUCGCUCUCCGCUGCAUGUUCGGCCCGUGCCUGCCCGCCCAGUACCGCAUCAAGGGGCCCGGCAGCUGGCCCGGGGCAAGGGACGCCAUCAUGACGUCGAUGGAUCGCGCCAUGGCGCCAAUGAAGACCAGAAUAUUGCCUAAAAACUUCUGCUCAGAUGUGUCAGCUGAUAAACCCGUUAUCUCAAUCCCAAAAUAUCUCAGAUCUUACUUCCUGUUAGCGUUUGUGUUCUUUUUAUUUUUGUGUAUGUGUAUGGUUUAA